GGGUGGUGUCGUCGUCGGUAAGGGUAAUGGCAUCAGCAGCAAGCAACCACACCCGCCACCUUCACCAUCAUCUCCAUCACAACCACGGCGACGCAGCGCUUAUCGACAGCAACCGCAGCACGUACGGGUCCAGCGAACCCAAAGACUCCAGUGACGUCAGCAGCUUCGACUCGCACGUGUACCAGGGUCGCCGGAGGUCAGGCAGCAGUGCUGAAGACCGCGAGUGCUGCCAGCGGCCGUCCACGGUGGCGACUGGGGUUCCAGUCUCGCUGCAGCCUGCCUGCAUCACCAGGCGUGGCGGAGCCGCUGAGGCAUCAGAUCCGGUGGAACCAAGUGGUCAGCCUCGUUUCAGCAUCGCGGACGGAGGAAAGGGUUGCCAGGAGUCGCGCGCGCUGGAAUUGUAUUUGUCCGCGCCCAAGAAGACCAGUGUCCUGGAUUGUGUGUCGUGUGAUAACCAGAACCUGGACAGGACGCUGUGCGUUCUAGCAGAGCGAAGGACGGGUAGCAGUGGCUGUGUGGGUGGGAGCGGAGAUGCGGGUAUUGUGGAAAACGGGUGCAGCAAUAGUAACGGUGCUUUGGCUGGGAGUGGUGUGCGGAGGGGAAAGCGAGGACGGGUGCGUGAAGUUCAGGAAGUAGACACGAACCGCCCAUUGGUGAAGUUAGGAGACGUGGGAUCCGAACCUUCAGCUUCCUUUCCGUGGUCCAUGACUCUCAUGUCCUCGACCUCGGCACUACCUGACCCUGCCCGCAGAGGCUCGAACAUCAGUGACAUGGUAGUCUGGAGCCGCCGCACGCGCAACACGUUGUGCAAAAACCACGCGCCCCCUGUGACCUCAAGCCGGGAUCAACGUGUGUCAGGUUCCCGCCAUUUCCACCAUCACGUGACUGGGCCUACGGUGACUUCGGGCCGCAAGGGGCGGAACGGAAGCGGAACUUUCGCGGCACGGAGCUCCAGCUACACACACAAACAGCGGCGACAGCAACAGGGCGCUGCAUCCACCACUGCGACUACCUCGUCCGUGCAUCACCCACGCCCUCACCACCACCAUUACCGGUCCAACGGCGUGUCGCCGGCGAUGCCGCUGCGGCGGUCAGCCUCCAGCAAGCGGUACAUGUGGGCGGCGGCGGAGCAGAGGGUGAGUGGCGCUCACAGUCCCUCCUUGUGGACGUCCAGCUACCACCAGCAGUUCAUCGAGCAGUGCAGCAUCUGCGCGCAGCACGCCCUGCUGGUUGCCGCCACACAGAUAUGCAGCAGCGGUGGUGGUGGCGGUGGUGGUGGUGUUAGUGGUGGUGGUGGCAACGCGGGUGAGGUGGGGUUGUCGUGUAGCUCCGUGCAUGGAACAUACUGUCCGCUGUGUCAGCAAAGGAGCUGUGUGGUCCCCAAGCACUCCAUGGUGCUCUUCACGCAGCCUCAAGGUACGUUCAUCACUAUUCCUCUGUCGGAGAAAUACAAUCCUGUGAACGGAGUAUAGCGCCCAUUGUUGGUUAGAGCACCUCGCCUGCGACCUGAUGGACAUUCGUAGUCGCGAACCUUGACCUUUUCUGGUCUCGCAAAACUCUCGUGCAAAUGUAAAAGUUCGAGACUAAUGACACGCUUGAGAGACACGGGUGUAUAUUUCUUGCAGCAAGUGUUGGGAGUGUGAUGGAUGCGGUCUGUGUUCAAUACCAACCCAGGAUGCCUGCCGUUAUGUUGCAGGAAGGUAUCGUCGAUCUUGUGAUGAGACAAACUGGACACGUGACGAGAUAUUAUACUGAUGGGGGGAUGACCCUUCUCUUGAACAUGUUUGAGUCAUUGCGACAGUCCAGUGUGAGCACUUGGAAGGUCCUACCUCCAUACUGCAUUAUAUAUGUUUGUUGUACGAUUGUGCUGUGAGAGAGAGAGAGGGAGGGAGGAGAUGGUGUGAGUGUGAAUGAGAGGAAGAGAGAUAUCACGACACAUUCACGAAUGAGAAGCGAGUGUGUAGACACCCUCCAGGCUGUAUAUUUCGGACACGUUGUAGGGUUGUGUAGAUUGGUCCAAGCUGUAUACAAGUAAGUUGCUACUUAAGUUUUUUCAUUUAUUUAUUGGUAUAUUCACUUUUCCCUUUGGCCAGUUGGUUUUUCGGGACUAUUCAGACAAUCUUUUGUAUAUGUGAGCGGCUGAUGUUACGAUGUUAGCAGACGAUAUUUUACCCACAAUUUGAGACCUUCCCACUUAACGAUAUUUGGAAACCAUUGGAGACAUUUGAUUUUGACAUCUGAGACAGCUACAUGAUGUCCGCCCGCUAUUUAUCUUUUUGUCAAAUGAACUUGAAACUAAUUAUUUUAGUUGCUGUAGAUGACAUGUCAUCUUUACAUCACAGUUCCUGUCUACACUGGGUAGGAGGGUAGGAGAAGGUGGGGAGUGGUAGCACAUCUGUACUGACAUGAUGGGGACGGUGGGAAGGGAGUCCAGUCCUGUAGCAUCCAGUCCUGUAAGCCUAUUCAUCUGCAGUGUCACUGUCUCUUCUCCAACUUGACAGAAGGAUAGUUGCUUUUAUCCAGGGGUUAGAUGUUUUAGCGACGAGGGGAGAUGAACAUUGGGGUGGAACUCAGUCGAUACCCGACUCCGCACUGUCGCUUGCUCUUCUCUCUGUCUCAUGGAUUCUGUCUCAGAGAACGACGCUUGUAUUCCGUAACACUGAUACAUUGCAAUUUCUUCUGCGUAGUAUUUUUUCCCCAAUGGAAACCCUGAAAACACAUUAAAACACAAAAAAAAUAAACAAGCCAUAGUCAAGGAUCGAACCAUAAGCGAAAGGAGUGAUCGGAAUAACGGGUGUGGUUUUCCCGUCCAUCAACUGCACCACAAACGCACGUGUUUGCACACUCCAUCAUAAUCGGCUUUAGCUAUCAGAUGAUAUCGGCACUAUUUUCUGAAAACUAAUUGUACAAGCAGACCAAAAUUAUUAUUUUUUUUUUUUAAAUUCUGAAACGAAAUCACUAAGCUUAUCCAGCACCGAGGGGCUUGAAAACAUUUGUUGACAUUUCACAAGAGCGAUGAGGAUUAACUAAUUUAAUGUUAUUUAGGUUUGACAAGAUAAUUUUUUUUCAUUAAGCUUUUUGCAAAAUUUACGAAAAAAGGGUUUAUAAGAUAAUGUUUUUUUUAUAUCAAAGGCACAAUUUCCUAAAGAAAUAACGUGAUGGUAUUUUAUAUGGUUAAAAUAAUACCCGAGCAUACAUAUGAUAAUUUUCAUAUUUUCUUCUUACAUCUUUACAAUCAGGGUAACAAACUUUCACGCGAUUAAUUUCUUAAAAUAGGCAUCAAGAAAAAAGUGUCUUGUGGAGCGAAUCGGUUGAGUAAAAGUACUUUUCUACAGAUGCACAUGUCCUGACAGAACACCGCCCACCCGCCCAAGACAACAGACACAUUCUUUAUCGCAAAAACUUUACGGCGAUGAGUUAUUUUUACUCCCACCCCUUCAUGCUCCUCCCCACCCCUUUCUCCUCCUCCUCCUUCACUCCUCCUCUCCUUCUUAUGACACAACGGAAUUUCUCUUCCUUCCAUCCAAACCUUCUCAUGACCCACUUUGCGGAAAAACAGUACUGACCGACCUUAACCUUUGCCCCCGACACUAUGAGUGGGAAUACUUUGCGCAGAGGUGCUUUGGGAUGCAAAUAGUUCUCAGGUGUCGGUAUCAUGAUGGAGCCAUACGUGACACAAAGCAGACCUGUGGUCGCACACACUUGUAUGUUACGGGAAAACACCACUUGACUGAUCUGCUCCUGUUGACCUUUGUCAGAUCCCAAACUACUUUCUGUUGGUCUGUUGGUUCACACAGCCCUCGGCCUCACAGACCCACAUUAUCCGCCGGCAGGGACAGUUAUAUUUCAAAAAAAAAAAAAAAAGCAAGGGCUGUAUAAUAAUUACAUGAAGUGCUCUAGACUAUAUCAGGCUAUAACACAUGUACUGACUUCGCGCACCCGGAAGCUUAUUGACCUUAUUGACAAUUCUAAUAAAUAACUGAGUUCUAAUAAAUAGUUUUAAUUUCAUUCAUAAAUGUUUUUAGACAGAAUUUUACCCAGACAGAAUGGUACUGUGAGGAUCCCGUUAUUUUUAAACACCAGUGAUGUAAGAUGAAAGACAUGUCGACAGGGCGCAGAAGUUGCUCACCUUACAUAUGAAUUUGUUAAUAAGGGAGGUUGGGGGUAUCCGAUAGAAGGCAAGCAGUACUUGAAAACUAAUCCAGCUGCGGAAGGUCACGUGACUUACGUUUCGUGCGUUCCAGUGAUAGACGAGCUCAACUCACCCUUCGCACCACAACACUUUCCUCGGAGUUAGGCUAUUUAUAGGCACUCGACAUUCGAUGCUGGCAGCGACGUAAAAACAAAAACUCGGGGAGAAGAGCGAGCGAUGGUAAAAAAAAAAAAAAGUUUAUUUAAUAAGUUCUUUGAAAGUUGAAAAAAAAUAUACAUUUGCGUCAAUGGGGGUUGGGGAGUACGAGUCGCGUGGUCGUUUGUAACCAGACAGCGAAAGCAUGAAAGAAAGGAGGAAAGUAAUUGAGAGAAAAAAAAUAAUAGAGGAGAUGACCCCUUCAGAUUUUGGUACUCGCUUUUCUGAAUUAUUCGUUGGCUAAGUUUUCAUCAAUAUUGGCAUCACCUCUUUUCUGUGUGGAGUCAUCGAAGUACCCGGCAGGGUUGGGAGUAAGGAGUUUAGGAUGGAAGUGGAAAUUAUCGAAGGCAUCGAACACUUUGCUGUCAUUAGUCCACAGGUGUAGGAGGGCAGACUGAUCCCCUGUCUCCUCUCAUUCUUACUCUUCGUUCAAAUGCUUCCAUGGCGGGUGCUUUACGGGAAGAGGCAGCUUCAAAACAUUGAGCGGGGAGAGGACGGGGUGACUGCAAGGUAUCCACACUACGUGAUGCAAGCCCAAGGUCUCAAGCGCGUAGGACGUAAGGUAAACAUCCAAGCAAGCACGUAGCUGGUAAACAGCUGAACUCUGGCACGUAGCUGGUAAACACUGAACUCUGGCACGUAGCUGGUAAACACUGAACUCUGGCACGUAGCUGGUAAACACUGAACUCUGGCACGUAGCUCGUAAACACUGAACUCUGGCACGUAGCUGGUAAACACUGAACUCUGGCACGUAGCUCGUAAACAGCUGAACACGUGGUCUUUGCUGUUGGGUGUUCAUUCGUCAUUUUGUUUUGGUACGAGUACCGCCGCAUUGUAUAUUUAUAUUAUCUCCUCGAUAGACCGACCACAAUACAACCUUGCUCAUAGGGGUGGGGAAGGAAGCAACGUGUAAUAUAUCCAGCAGUGUAGUCAGAUAUAAGGGUACGAGCUAUGCUCAUGAUCGAAACUACGAGGCGGGUAUUUCUUCACCCAAUCGCUGUCUCAAACACGCACUUACGAAAGCCUUACUGGUUGCUAUAGAAACUGCACGUGCGGGUGUAAACGUGCAUCCUCGUGAUACCUCCGGGUGCACGAACAAGGGGAGAGAAGUCUGAUCAGUGCCACCCGGAGUGUUAGCAAUGCACGUGGUGAGUGCGCCCUCGUGUUCUCCUCCACAAAUCGUCCUAAACACUAAUUAACCCGAGUUGCGGCCAUCACGUAAAUGGUAAAUGUAUUGUAAACUGUUCCGUCGAUUACUGUGUAAUUAUUGUAAUUAAUUAAAUAUUGUCAUUAAUUUUAUGACGCGUGGGCGAACUGUCUGAUAUUUCAACCACUCCCAUCGUCUGUACUAGCAGCAACAUCCUCGAUUCGCGCUGUUGUUUUUUUUUAUGUGCACUUGUCGAGUCGACAAUACCUACCUCUUACGUACAUAAUGUGCAAAUUACCAAGUAUUUGGUUUGGAAAAUGUGACAGUGAGACCUUUUUUUGUACAUUUUAUACAUAUUUGGUGUGAAGAACGUUUUGAAUGUGUGUGAGAGAGAGAGAGGGGCGCAGUCGUGAUGAAGGAAGAGAUGACUUGGGGCGAGUCUAGGUGUGUAGACCCGAACAAGAUGGCGCGACUUACUGUUGAUGUUGCGAGUCUGUACUUGAUAGAUGUGAAAAGAUUGUGUGAACGACUUCACUGACAGUCUGUGUUUCAUGGUGUGAAAGGAUUGUGUGACGAGUUGGCAGUCUGGGUGUGACAUGAAUGCCGACAGAGGUAUUACUUAUUGUGGAGGAUGGGAUGAUGAUGUGCAUGCUGAAAUAAAAAUGUUAACUCUU